AUGAAUCAACAACAAAAUUCAUCUUAUAUUCAAGAUGAUUUAACAAAUGAGAUUGAUAUUGAUGUUAUGAAUCAACAACAAAAUUCAUCUUAUAUUCAAGAUGAUUUAACAAAUGAGAUUGAUAUUGAUGUUAUGAAUCAACAACAAAAUUCAUCUUAUAUUCAAGAUGAUUUAACAAAUGAGAUUGAUAUUGAUGUUAUGAAUCAACAACAAAAUUCAUCUUAUAUUCAAGAUGAUUUAACAAAUGAGAUUGAUAUUGAUGUUAUGAAUCAACAACAAAAUUCAUCUUAUAUUCAAGAUGAUUUAACAAAUGAGAUUGAUAUUGAUGUUAUGAAUCAACAACAAAAUUCAUCUUAUAUUCAAGAUGAUUUAACAAAUGAGAUUGAUAUUGAUGUUAUCAAUCAACAACAAAAUUCAUCUUAUAUUCAAGAUGAUUUAACAAAUGAGAUUGAUAUUGAUGUUAUGAAUCAACAACAAAAUUCAUCUUAUAUUCAAGAUGAUUUAACAAAUGAGAUUGAUAUUGAUGUUAUGAAUCAACAACAAAAUUCAUCUUAUAUUCAAGAUGAUUUAACAAAUGAGAUUGAUAUUGAUGUUAUGAAUCAACAACAAAAUUCAUCUUAUAUUCAAGAUGAUUUAACAAAUGAGAUUGAUAUUGAUGUUAUGAAUCAACAACAAAAUUCAUCUUAUAUUCAAGAUGAUUUAACAAAUGAGAUUGAUAUUGAUGUUAUGAAUCAACAACAAAAUUCAUCUUAUAUUCAAGAUGAUUUAACAAAUGAGAUUGAUAUUGAUGUUAUGAAUCAACAACAAAAUUCAUCUUAUAUUCAAGAUGAUUUA